UGUACGAAGCUACAGUCCUGUGUAGGCCAAAGGCUCACUAACUAUGCUCGGCAGGAGCCAACAAUGGUGACGCAGCCCUCUAUCUCAAGAGGGAGUGAGGGUGUCACCCAGGCGCCAUGAUUGGGAAUUGUUCUGGUGGCGACGCGUCGCCUGCGGAGAUGGCAAAUCAAUUUUAUGGGGGGAGCAUGAGAUGGUAUCCCACCACUAUCACUGUAAGAGUCUUUUGAACAUGGCAUCAGUCAAAUGAGCCAAUCCUCCCUGGUGAUCCUGCUUCACUUUUGCCAGGACAAGCGAGUUCAAUGGCACGCAAAGGCCAUUUCGAGUCCAGUCCGGAUGACGACGGCAACGGUAUGGAACCUUUCGACCUAGAAGACCUCGACCUCGACAUCUCGGAUGAAAGCCACCGACCGUUCGCGAGUAUUCGCGGCAUGACACAGAAAGACACUGCUUUUCCUUCCUCUUACCAUUUCAUGAUGAACCUGCGCAUCGCCUGCGAGAGAACUUUCCUCGGAACGGGAUCUUACAACAAUACGUGGGGACUGCGAAGACGCUCAAUCGUGAAGCUCAUCUUUUACGCCCUCAUAGUAUGCUUAUGUACCAUUGGGAUUCUGUCCGUCUGUGAAAAUGCCGCCGAUGCUUUGUCGUCCCCAUAUCCACCGGGCAGCCUGAGAUGGAGCCUUCUUCACUGGGGCCAAAUGGGCGAUCCCACCGAGAAUCUCGUACACUGGCCGACCGAUGCUACGGCCGACACCACCCCCAUACAAUGUCACUCUCACAAUGACUAUUGGCGACAAGUGCCAUUCUACUCGGCUGUCGCAGUCGGCUGUCGCAGCGUCGAAGCCGACAUCUGGCUGGUGGACGACGAGUUAUAUGUAGGACACCGAAGAAUGUCUCUGACCGAUGGACGAACUCUCCGAAAUCUGUAUCUUGACCCUCUCAUCUCGCUUUUGGAAGCACAGAACGUUCAUCCCAAGCUUCGGCCCGACGAGGACUACCCCAUCGAUCCUGGCGAGAUAUUGCCGGUCAACGGAGUAUUCGACAGUGAUCCGACCAUGUCGCUUGUUCUCCUUCUCGAUUUCAAGUCUACCGGCCCGGCCACCUGGUGGCGUCUCCAGUCCCAACUUGCGCCGCUACGAGAAAAGAACUAUCUCACCUAUUUCAACGGCACCGGCGUCGUGGAAGGACCUAUCACCAUCGUCGUUUCAGGUCAUGCUCCAUUCGAUCAUCUGACAGCAAAUGAAACAUACCGUGACAUCUUCUAUGAUGCACCACUCGAAGAUCUAGCUGAUCAAUCCGAAAUGUGGCCCAACCCAAACAUUGCUCAAGACCCGUCGCGGAGAUCAGGGGAGCCCCAGCACGCUCCUCGCCAACCUAUAUCAACCCGCGUCAAGCCAGUCGACAAUGCAUACGAUCGCUCCAACAGCUUCUAUGCAUCGGCCAGCUUUACGGCAUCGGUCGGGCGCGUUUGGGGGUCACGACUGACUCAAGCGCAACUUCAGCGGAUCAGGGGCCAGGUAAGAGGUGCACACAAGCAUGGACUCAAAGUGCGUUACUGGGGUGUGCCCUCCUGGCCAGUAGGGCUACGCAACCACCUUUGGCACAUCUUGGUCAGGGAAGGCGCAGACGUCCUGAGCAUAGAUGACCUCCAUGGUGCCGCGUACAGUGAUUGGCGAAGAGCGAGGAGAAGGGAUGCGGAGUGGCCAAGAAUUUAGGCCAGAGCUUGUUGCUUGCCCUGAGUGUCUGCCUGGACCAUAGGGGAACGAUCCUUGGCUGUAGUCGCUUGUUGCCGUUUGGAAUUCCAGUAGAUGCAUCGCUUCGAUUCAAGCAAACCUCCAGCAGCGUGGUCGUAGAGUUUGCUGCACCAAUACUAUCGAACAUAUGUCGUCACAA